GAACUCACCGCCCUCGAUCAGGACAUUCACUGGUUCUGUCCGCGAAGCACGUCCGACGACUUCAACAUCUACUACGACGAAGACCAUUGCAAUGUCCACACCGGCGAGACACCCAGCGACAGGGUGGUUCGAGAAGGGAAGAUUGAAGAGGCGACACAGAGACGAGAGAAGGUGAUGCUGGCGAUGCAGAUUCUGGCUUACGACGGCGCAGACGCAGUGGCCUUUCAAAAGAGUCUGACAGCGUGUCUGACGAAACAACUUUCCCGCUGCGAUAUUUGCAUCCGCGAAUAUCAUCGAUCACGAACAAGCUUGAGGCAAAGCUUGGAGGAGGACUAUCCCGAGGAAGACGUGCAGAGCUUCUUGAAAAAAUAUGAUGAUAUGAACGCGGCGAGGAUCAUCUCCGGGUUGAACAGCAUGACUGAGGCGUUGGUGGGAUUGCCAGAAGAACAACGCAAGAUCACUUCUGCGGGAGAUGAGGCAAUGUACGCCAUGUUCGAGGCGUUGCAGUCGGUGCCUUUUCUUCGCAAUGAGGAGGCGCUUCAGCAAUACUUCGACAGGCCUUUUGCAAUGGCGCAGUCAAAGAGGAAGUUCACACUGCCAGCUAUCGCUCCAGGCAUGGUGGCGUUUCUCUUCUCUAAGAACCCCAUGCGCUUGUCGUGGGCAACGCGCAACUUCGGCAGAGUCAAGCGGCCAAUGCUCGCCAAUGAGUUCGAGUACAGCGUCAGGCCAUUUCUGGAGCCCGCGAUGAAUCGAGUCCAUGUUGUGUCGUUGGAGUUGGAGUUUCUGCCCACCUUUUGGAGCGCAGUCAAAUUGAUCGUGUCGAAGCUGACGCCCACUCUUGUCGCACAAAACCUGCGCAAGAUGAACGGCAACCUCCUCACGCUCUCGCUCGAUCAUUUCCAAAUCGACGCCAACCACUUCUCGGAUCUCAUCGCCGUGUAUGUCAACAUCAUCGAGCUCAGCCCACAAGACUUCUGGGCCGCCAUGGGAGCCGUCAAUCCGCAGAACGUCAUUGAGAAUAUCUGCAGAGCUCCGAGACUCGAACAAAUCCUCACACGAAACGCAGAGAGCAUGCACAAUCCGGUGGCUGAGAUUAACGCGAUCAUGGCUUGGGUGGACAGCUUCGUUCGAAGCAUCAAGCCCGGCAUUUUGGUCCCACCACUCCGAACCAUGCUUAACCAACUCAUGCUUCACUAUCAAGGAGACCAAUACAGCCACUGGGCUAGUAGCGUGGCAUGGCAUAAAGGUCUCACCUCCAUCCUUGAGGCCAUUCGCCGCAUCUCGGAAACUGUCGACGGUGGCCCGGUGUAUGCGCACCUCAUCGAAGCGGUGUCCAAAGACCACAUCGCCAACAUCUUGCACGAACUGAGCGAGACUGAGCACAAGGAGGAAUUCCAACUCACCGUCACUCAGGGCCUCGACUUGGAGGUCGUUGAGAACAUUCUCGCGCUCGACCUCAAGAGCCUUGCUCGCGAUCGCCGUGUCAUCCUAAGAAACAGAGAGCUUGACCACGAGAUUAGCCAGUCGAAUCUGAAUGUGUGGAAUCUCAGCACGCGCCAUGUCAAGCCGGGCCGACCUCACCUGGUGAUUCAUAUUCUCACGGGUGUGCAAGGCAUCUUGACUUUGGAGAUGAUGCCGCCGAACGCCGCCAAAGAUGGCAAGAACAAUAUCGACCACAAAGUGCUGAAUAUCGUGUCUAUCGAACUUCUGGAGCGGAUAGAUUCCUUCGGUGCCGAGCAGCUGACUGACUUGUUCCAAGAAUUCGACGGCGCUCGAGGACUCAUGGCUCUCCUCUUCAGCGGAGACGACCGUGUCCAUCAGUCGGCGCUCAGUGUGUUGAAGUCUCUGUCUGGCGAGGACGGUCGACGGGGAAGUCUGCGACAUCUGCUAUUGGCCUUCUUUGCGCCCGCCUUGGGAGCCGUGUCUCACGCUUUGAAACUGAUCUCGGAUGCAAAGGUCUUUGGACCUUGCCCUACAGCCCUCAAGCUCAUCCGAGACAUUUACGGCAGUCUGUGUGACAGUGAAGACGGCAUUCUCCGCUCGCGCGCAUUCACCGACGAGCAAGAUCUGGACGCAUUGAGGAAAUUCUGGUUUCAAACUUGGACGACUUUGGAGACGAUCUUCGAACAGACCGAGCUUUGGAGCGCGGCUGGAUUCCCCAAAGCCAUCAUGUCGGAAUUCUGUCGAGAGACUAUGGACUUUGCAGACUUCGCCUUUCACCAAUAUUCUCUCAUUGCCGCCACGUUUGAGCACGGCGGGAAGCAAAAGUCGAGCAUGCCGGUGGGCAAGACCUUGUUGCAAUUCCCAAGCAAGGCAUUCAAGUUCAUUGCCAAAUGGCUGCGCCUGCGAGAUGAGUAUCUCAUCGAGAAAGCAGUCGGCUUGAUCUCCAACAUGCUCGUUCGACUGCAAGAAAAUGACCUCAAGAUCUCGUCGGAGUCGCUCAAGUACAUCGAAGACAUCAUCCUCAGCACAGAGAAGGACAUGCGAGUCAAAACAAAGCUUACACCGAAUCAUAAAGCUGAGCUUCAGCAAGCGCUGGAGAAGCAUAUCGGUCAUGCACUUGCACCAGCCGAGCCGGAAAUCAAGCUUGAGAAGAAGCAGAAGACCUUGGACGGCAAGAAGCCGAAGAAUGCCAUCGAUCUCGAGCAGUGGAAGAGCGCAGCGGCGAAGCAAGAGAAGAGGCCAGAUCUUGCGAAGAAGCUACCCGCACGACCGAACGCCGCCGCCAAGCUGGCUGCUCAGAAAGCCAAUAUUGGAAAAGACUUUCUUGAGAAGCGCAAGGCGGCAAAGGCUGAGGCUGAACGCACUCGUCUCGCGAAUCUUGCCAAAGCCAAUGGUUUGGGAGCUGGCAGUGGUGUCGCUGGUCUUGGCGACUUUGGUAAAGACCAUGCCGUCAAGGGUCAGAACGUUAUGGUCUCUUCAGAUGAGAGCGAAGACGAAGAUGACGAUAGUGACGAUCUUGACGACGAUCUCUUCGGUCCGUCUAUCAAGAAACAGCAGCGACCUGGCCUUGACCUUACUGGUGCGAUUGGGCUGAAGGCUGAGGCAAAGAAAGGCCCGACGAAGAUCAAGCGGACAGCACGCUCUCUGCGAGAUAUGCGAGCGCGUCUGGCUCCAGAUCUUGGAUCUCUUCAUCGUAUGAUUCUUGGAUGGGAUUACUUCCAUCAAGGAGACUACCCACCUGGAAGCAACCCACACGAGUUCUCGCAGGUGUCGGACUCGUUCUCCGACCCGGUCACCUACCAGCAAACAUUCGAGCCGCUCCUCUUGCUAGAAGCAUGGCAGGGUCUGGUUCAGUCACGACUUCAGGACAAUUCCAAGCCGUACGAGAUCAAGGUGGGAAAUCGCAACAACGUGGAUCAAUUCGUCGAAAUCAACAGCGUCCUCGGACAGAAGGAGAACCGCGACUUGCAGAUCAUGGAAGGCGACAUCAUCCUGUUCUCGAAAUCGCCCCGUCCUGCCGGCGACUCCACAACACCCAACUGUCUCGCACGAGUCUACCGCAUCAAGCGGGAAAAGGGCCAGCUUCAAGUCGUCUACCAAUUCACGCCCGGCUCAUCUCUAGCCUCGCAGAUCACGCCACAGACCAUCAUUCACGGCGUCAAAGUCCAGUCCAUCACUCCUCUCGAGCGCGAGUACGGUGCGCUCAAAGCGCUGCAGUACUACGAUCUGUGCAAUCAGAUCGUCCGCGCGAGACCGUCCCAGCGCAUCGAGUACAGCGAGAAGCAGAUCUCCAACUUUCAGGACGUGUACGACGUCAAUCGCGCGCAGUCUGAAGCUAUCAAUGCUGCGUUGGAAAAUGAAGGCUUUUCGCUCAUUCAGGGUCCUCCGGGAUCUGGAAAGACAAAAACGAUCGUGGCGAUUGUGGGCGGACUGCUGACGCAUACUUUGAGCAGUGCUUACAAAGGCGCGACGAGGAUCUCCAUGCCAAACGGGAAUGCCAAUGCUGAUGGAGCGGUGAAGAAGCUUCUCGUCUGUGCUCCGAGUAACGCAGCCGUCGAUGAGAUUGUCAUGCGUCUGAAGGAAGGUGUCAAAACGAAGGACGGACGCAGUCAUGAUAUCAACGUCGUGCGUAUCGGUCGCAGUGAACGUAUCAACGCGAUGGUCGGAGACGUCACCAUGGAGGAACUGGUGCAGAAGAAGCUUGGUGGCAAUCAGAUGGACGAGCAGAAGCGCAAGGCUACUGCAGAGCUGUUCAAGGAGCACCAGCAGGUCUCUCAUCAAUUGCAGGAGAUGUACACCCAGCGCAACGCCAACGAGAAGAUGGAGGAGUCCGAGCGGAAGAAGCUCGACGACAACAUUGGGCAUGUCCGACGACGCAAGGCCGAGCUCGGGUCUCGCAUCGAUCAGACCAAGGAUCGAGAACUUGCCGCCGGACGCGAGCAGGAGCUCAACCGCAAGAGGGCCCAGCAGGCUGUUCUCGACGAAGCGCAUGUCAUCUGCGCAACGCUGUCCGGCUCUGGUCACGACAUGUUCCAAUCGCUCAACAUCGAGUUCGAGACGGUCAUCAUCGAUGAAGCAGCACAGUGUGUGGAAAUGUCGUCGCUCAUCCCACUGAAGUACGGCUGUGUCAAGUGCAUCAUGGUCGGUGAUCCCAAGCAGUUGCCUCCGACUGUCUUCUCCAAGGAAGCCGCCCGCUUCCAGUACGAACAAUCCCUCUUCGUCCGCAUGCAAAACAACUUCCCGAAUGAAGUCCACCUGCUCGACACGCAAUACCGCAUGCACCCAGACAUCUCCGCAUUCCCCUCCGCCACCUUCUACGACCACAAACUCAAAGACGGCAGCAACAUGGCCGCUCUCCGCAAGAAAUCCUGGCACGCUUCCAAUUUGCUGGCACCAUACCGCUUCUACGACGUCAAAGGCCAGCACUCCGCCGCGCCCAAAGGUUUCUCCCUUGUCAACCACGCCGAAGUCGAAGUCGCCAUGGCGCUGUACUCUCGCCUGACCACUGACUUCGGCAGUACCUACGACUUCUCCAACCGCAUCGGCAUCAUCACCCCUUACAAGUCCCAACUCGAACUGCUUCGCAAGAAAUUCAGCACCGCAUUCGGCUUGGAGAUUCUCGAAAAAGUCGAAUUCAACACCACGGACGCCUUUCAGGGUCGUGAAGCUGAAAUCAUCAUUUUCAGCUGUGUGAGGGCGAGUGAUAAAGGUGGCGUGGGGUUCUUGCAGGAUAUUCGACGCAUGAAUGUGGGGUUGACGAGGGCGAAGUGUAGUUUGUGGGUGUUGGGGAAUUCGGAGAGUCUGUCGAGAGGGCAGUAUUGGAGGUUGUUGAUUGAGGAUGUGGAGAGGAAGGGGGCGAUGGUUAAGGGGGAUUUGAUGGGGAUGUUGAGG